UACUUUUCAUUCCUUCCUUAUUCUUACAUAUAGCCAUAGCUUUAAAAAAAUUUUUUUUUUGUCCUGCCCCCUUUAAACCUGACUAAUUGGCAAUAGAUUUCCUCCCUGCAGUCACUGCUAAAAUAUAUCUUCCGUCCCCUUUAAAUUGGACAAAUUAGAGCUAGACUUCUGAGGUUGAAGAGGGAGGCCUUACACUCUCCUUUCCCCUGGGGUCCUCCUGGAUUUGACACACCUUACAACCACAAGAGAGCACUCUUUCCUUUGAUGAUUUCCCCCCUCCACCUCCCUGGGAAUGAAAGAGCGAGUUUUAAGUUUGCAAACAGUCUAAAGAGCUCUUCCCAUUAGCUCUGAACACCAGAAACCACAAAGGCUCCAGUUGGGUUUUGAUUUUCAAGGAGAAAAGCCUCCGGUGAACUCUUUCUCGGCCUGACAGCAGAUCCUUGGGUUCCUGGGCGGGGCUCUCCCAAACCCGAAAAUUCCUGGGUACUUUGCAAGCUACUCAUCUCCUAAAGACCUCGACUCAGUGGAUUAUAAUAAUUGAAAAGCAUUGGUAGCUGGGGAAGAUUACUUUGUGUUGGGUGGGAGCUGGCAUUUCCAGGACAGAAUGUAGGGGACCCUUUGUUAUCUUUUGAAAUCAGAAGAUCAGAGGGGGGAAUGGGAGUUUAAGGUACGGAUUAGUGGUCCUGAAAACUUUGCUUACCAACUCGGCUCAGAUUCUUAUAUAAAAACCUCCGAGGACAGAGAAGUCAUGAAGAGUUGCCUUGGAACCUGCAUGGGAACCUGAGUUUGCUGAUUCCUGUCUGGACCUUAGAUCUUCACUUAAGACCCACUGGGGAAUUGAUUUAGGUCUCUCCAGAUAACGUUCCCUCCUGCUUGGACAUCAGUCCCUUUGGUGACUCCUUUUUUUCAGCAAUAAUGGAGAGCAGUAAGUCUCAUAGCGCCCUGAAAAGAAUUCCGUGCCGCCUGACUGCCACCUCCGUGAGCGUGCCCCAUCGUGCCAGGCUGGCUUUGGGAGAACCCUUCCAUUUCUCCUUCCACCUGGACAGUGCCUACUGGGAGCAGGCCUACUACAGGGGCUGCUCAGGAAGAUUCGCCUGCUUUCCCCUGCCGGGACAACUGGGAGUCCUGGACUGUGCCUUCGAACCAGCCUUCAUCCAAAAGCGGAACGAGCGGGAGAGGCAACGGGUGCGCUGUGUGAACGAGGGGUACGCUCGCCUGCGGGACCACCUCCCCCGGGAGCUGGCGGAGAAGCGCCUCAGCAAGGUGGAGACCCUCCGAGCCGCCAUCGGCUACAUCAAACACCUCCAGAAUCUGCUCGACUGUCAUUCUCUGGGAGCUUGCAACAAGGCCAAAGACAGCCCGGCCAUGGCCGGCGCCGACCCAAGUCCAGAGUGCAACAGUGAUGGGGAAUCCAAGGCCUCCUCAGCCUCCUCUCCUUACAGCGAGUGUGAGGAGGUGUGCAGCUAAGCAGAGAGGGCUUCAUUUUCCGGACCAGUUUAAAUAAUUCCCUGCCGAUCUGUCAAAAACUCAGCCAGGGAGUUUCCAUUGUGGUGUCUCUCCUUCAAACCAAGACAUUGGUGAGGAAAAAAGAAAUGACUGUUUUAGUGAAGGGGGGGAGAGAUUUGUGUUCUUUUGCUCUAAGGGGUUCCCCCCCUAAACUUUUUAGAGGGGCUUUUAAAGAAAUGUUUUUUCUUGUAUAUAUUUCUCUGAAAAGCAUGGGGGUAAGGAAGCAGGUACGUUUCUGUUAACGUCCUAAGAUGACAGGGGAUGGAAGAAAAGAACUGGAAAAUGGGGUAGGAAAGGGAAAAGCCGGGCUGUCCACAGACUCUCAGAAUCCAGCUCUAAUGCUAGAUACUUUAAGGAAAUAACACCUGGAAUUUCCAUCUGUAAGAAAUGAUCGUAAAUUAUAUUUAGAGAGAUGGAUAGAUGGAUAGGUCAAUGGACCAACAAUGGAACUAGGAAAUCCUUAAAGGGAUUUAUCCCGCCUGACCUCUUCUCUGUGUGAAUUAGGUUAGAACUCUUAACGAACUCAUGGUUUUUGGUGACUGUGACCUCAAGCUGACAGCCCAGAGCUAAUUCGCUUGAGCCUGCACUGGAUAAAUACUCUUGAUCAGCUGGCUUGGGAAGCCUCUACAAGGUGUCUGUCAGAGUGAAAUGCUGGCCCUUGGGAAGUCUGCAGCAUGGAACAGAAAAUAAACCAUCUUGGAAUGUUAAUGAUAUCUUGGGGGGGGUUGGGGGGAGAAGGGGGUGGACGUUUGAAGAUGGGGAAGAUAAUCAAAAUGCGUUUGAAAAUUUCCUUCCCUCCAGCUCUUUUUAUCACUGUCCUCCCCUUUCUCUGGGGAGGUGUCCUCUUUCUCAUCCUUUUCUCACUUUCAUUCUCUCUCCUUCCAACUUCUGAUUAAAUUAAAAGUUGCCCUAAGGUACCCAGUGGAGAUAAUUGGAUGUGACUUUUUGAUGGCUGUAAGUUACUUGGGAAUAGAAGGAAAAGCUUGGUGGAGAUCAAGCAGCAGGGGAAGAGAGAGGGGACAUAUCUCCAAGUUUCUCCUAUCCUGAAAACUCAGUGGAAUGACUUACAUAAAACAAGCAGCAGAGAUGCUAGGAGUGAAAGAAUAAUCAAUGGGAGGCAACUGAGUGCUGUAGAAAGAAGCUGGGUUCAAAUCCUUGUCCUGCUACUUCUUGGCUGGGGGUCUUCUCAGCGAGGGCCUCAGGGGUUUCAGUAAAGGGUCUUUAAAUGUGUAAAAGGAGAGGGUGAAAUGUGUAACCUGGGUCUGUGAACUUAAAAAAAGAUGAUAACUAUUUCAUUAGAA